UAACGUUAUCAAUAUCGUUAACUUCGUCCGUUUUGUGCUGUUUACGUCAGGUUAAAAUGAACCCUUAGGCAUAACUGCAUAAGGCCAUAGAUCUGUAAAUUUUUAAGGUGACAACGGAUAAUUUCUUUUUAUCUCUAAACACUGAAAUUAUUUGUGGAAUGGCCGAAAUAAUUGGAGCUGGGCUUGUAGUGUAUAGAAAGCGUGGAGAUGUCUUGGAGUUUCUUUUACUCCAGGCGACUAAGAAAAUGCAUUGGACACCGCCAAAGGGCCAUGUCGAACCAGGCGAGGAGCUUAUGGAAACAGCAUACAGGGAGACAAAAGAGGAAGCUGGUCUGACUUGUGACCAACUUAGGCUCACAGAUUUCAAAGUUGUGCUGAAAUACAUAACAAAGCAGAAACAAAAAGAAGUCACUUAUUGGCUGGCCGAGUACAUUGGUACUAACCCGAAUCCAGUUGUUCUUUCACAUGAGCAUAAAGAUUUCAAAUGGGCAACUCUAGAUGACGCAUUGACCUUUGUUGAUCAUGAAAACACCAGGAAUAUGUUGAGUCAAUGCCAAGACUACUUGUUAUCCCAGCAAUAUUAACGAAAUUCUGUUUCUAAGAGCAUUAUUGCAUUCUACAUUUAAGUAAU